AUGUCAAACCGUCCAAUCGUCAUUUCAGGUCCAUCAGGUACCGGUAAAUCAACUUUGUUGAAGAAAUUAUUUGCUGAAUUCCCAGAUAAAUUUGGUUUCUCGGUUUCAAAUACUACACGUCAACCAAGACAAGGUGAAGUUGAUGGUAAAGAUUACCAUUUCACUGCCGUUGAUGAUUUCAAAAAAUUGAUUGAUGAAAAAGCUUUCAUUGAAUGGGCUCAAUUCUCCGGUAACUAUUACGGUACCACCAUCAAAGCUGUCGAAGAUGUUGCUAAAUUAGGUAGAGCUUGUAUUUUAGAUAUUGAUAUGCAAGGUGUUAAAUCUGUUAAAAACACAAACUUGAAUGCUAGAUUUUUAUUCUUAGCACCACCAUCUAUUGAAAUCUUGAGAAAAAGAUUAGAAGGUAGAGGGACUGAAACCCAAGAAAGUGUUGAAAAGAGAAUUGCUGCUGCCAGUGCUGAAAUUGAAUACUCAAAAACUGGUGCUCAUGAUAAAAUAAUCGUUAAUGACGAUUUAGAUAAAGCUUAUUCAGAAUUGAAAGAAUUCAUCUUACAAGAAUAA